UGAUCACCAUAUGUAUUCAUGCAUAUAUUUUUAUACAUACACAUCGACUCGUCCAUGCUUCGGACUCGGUCACGAGCACUGUCACAGACACGAAGAAGACCGCCAUGCUGCUCCUGCGAUGACCGUAUAUUAUUUUACUCGUCGGAUUGGACUUAUCACUGAGAAAAGGAAGUCCAGCAAGCUACAGGUUCUGACAAAAAGUCAUGCCGAUCGAGAGACCAUCUAGUCCUCCUCCCUCCCCCCCCGGAGUUCGUAGCAUGGCUGUCGAGUGACACUUGUUGUUCGCUGCAGAUUUCUUUCACCGGCUGACGCUGGGAGCAGGUGAACCAACUCUCGCUUCAAGCCCGAUGCUGAUGGAUUGGGAGGAGAGGAGAAGAAAAAGAAGAAGAGAGAAAGAGAUCGACUCAGUGAUUCUGAUUCUGCCAACCACUACUAUCUUACAAGCAUAACCCAGAACUCGUCUCGUCAGUCAAUCACAGCACCACCACUCCCAGUAAGGAGUCUGCCAUGGCAUUUACACUACAUAACUCUUUAUCACUUUAUCUCUCUAGAUAAGUCGCGGUGGUUUUCUCGUUUCCUGGUACUUGCAUCAGUGCAGUAGUGCUCGGAACUGUAGAGUGGUAGCGGUGGAGUCAUCCUUUCUUGUCUUGGGAUCAUUCAUUUAAUGAAGGGAGAAGCACUGCGAGGAAGAAACCACCGCAAGAGCGACGCCUCGCCACCCUGUCUCUCUUUCCUCCGUAGCAGCAAAGUUGUCGUGAAAAUGGCCAGGCUCGCCGUGGUGGUGCUCAUCGUCUUCUCCCUCACAUUCUUAUCCUCCAGCCCAGCUGGGUUGGCGUCUUCCGAGUCCACUAGAGGCAGCUUGCUGUUGAAGAGGAAGGUUCUAGGAUCGAGGCCUCCUUCAUGCAUGAACAAGUGCUCGAGCUGCAGCCCAUGCAUGGCGACUCUGGUCGCUUUCCCACGAGAGAGGAGCUUAUCAGCAUUAAGGCAUGAAGAAGAUGACGGCUACUACCUGCUUGCCUGGAAAUGCCAAUGCGGCAAUAAGCUCUACCAGCCGUAGAUUCUUUGUUUAACGUGUGAUAUGUACUUUGUAGUUUGUACUGCUUAUAUUUCUCGAUAUAUAGCUUCAUAUUUUAGCUUAAUUGUC